GAAGCCCCUUUGACACUUUGACAGCAAGGGAUCGGGUGAGAGACUCAUACGUUGACUAGAGAGCUAGGCACAUGGAUGUCCACACGGGUGUGAGCACUCCGGCCUGCAGUACAUAUAUGUUCGUUGCUCACAGCCUCAACCCACAGUUCUAGUACCGAUCCACAGGAAGCUACUCUUAAGCCUUAACCCAUGGAGAGAUCAUCUUCCCCUUCAAAGGUUCUCCUCGUCUUCCUCCUGCAGUUCCUCCUGCUCUCUGAACCUCUGGAAGCAAGGAUACUAGGUGAUGCAUACGACCACAAGAACCUGCUCGCGUCGGGUGUCGAUGGAGAUGCCGCACUGCUGCCCGCAUCACACCUGAACCUCGCCGAUGUUGCAGGGGACAGGCGUCCCAAGUAUACGCCGCCUUCUCCGGUGCGACCUCCGUCGCCGCACCAUCUCCACGGAGAUGGCGCGCAUGAGCAGCAAAGGUCUCCGCCGGCGUCGUCCUCGACUGAACCUGCACCACUGCGUGAUUACAGUCGCCAGCAGGCUGAAGCUGCAGGGCACCCACCCAUGAUGGAUGUAUCGCGCGCGUUUCUCCAAACGAUCAUGGGAUAUGUGACGAAAAUGUAAACCACGCCCGCAUAUGGCCCUUUUUUUCCGUGAAUCUCGUAGAAAUUGAAUCGUUUUGUGUGAACUAGUAGUUGGGGCACGCCCGUGGCGCGCCGCUUGAGGGGCAUCUGGGCGGUGCAAGGUAGAUAUACAUGCAAUUCUUGAUGGAACUUGUUAUAUUGGAACA